AUGGCGCCGCAACGCCACGCCGGCGACGACGAUGGAGGUGAUGCCGCAGCUACACAGCCCCUCCUGGCCGGUGCGCAAGACACGGCCACAGGAUACGAGGGUACUACCACCAACAGCACCGUCACCACCGCCAGCGGCGGCGGUGGUGGGAGCAGCACAUUCACUCCUACCCUUGGCGCCCUCGACGCGUUCGCAAUCGUCAUCAGCAUCGUCAUCGGCAGCGGCAUCUUCACCUCGCCCGGCGCCAUUGACACCAACUCGCCCUCGCCCGGCUCCGCGCUGGUGGUCUGGCUCGUCGGCGGCAUCCUGGCCUGGACCGGCGCGGCGACCAUGGCCGAGCUCGGCACCGCCAUCCCCGGCGAGGGCGGGGUCCAGCCGUACCUCCGGUACUGCUUCGGCGACGUCUUUGGCUUCCUGGCGGCGUGGACGUGGAUCGUCGCCGUCAUGCCGGCCACCCUGGCGAUCCUGAGCAUCGUCUUCGUCGAGAGCAUAUACACGGCGCGGGGUGUGACCGACGCCGCGGGCCACUGGACGCACAAGCUGCUGAGCGUCGCGGUCGUGGUGGUUGUCAGCGUGGCCAACUGCAUCAGCACCAAGGCGAGCACGCGGCUGAACAAGUUCUUUGUGGGGACCAAGUUUGUGGCCAUCGCGGCGGUGGUGCUGGCCGGGCUCGUGGUGGUGAUCCUGCAGGUCGCGGGCAAAGGGCCGAGCGGUGAUGGCGGCGGCAAAGAUGGUGGACGUGACUGGUUCGAGCGGAACUGGUUUGCCACGAGGCCCGUGGUGAACCCGGACGGCAGCGUAAACGACUGGCAGGGUUUGGGGACGUGGGAGAUGCUGGGCUUCUACUCGACAGCGCUAUAUGGCGCGCUUUGGGCGUACUCGGGAUGGGACAAGGCUGUCUACAUCAGUGCCGAGCUGUCGGCCCCGGCCAAGCAGCUCCCGCUCGCCAUCAACACGGCCAUCCCGACCAUCAUUGCGUGCUUCCUUGCCGCCAAUGCUGCAUACUAUGUUCUCCUGCCUUGGAACAUCGUGUCUACCACAGACAGCGUAGCGGUGACUGCCAUUACCCGCCUACUUGGCCGCGGCUUCGGCAUUGUCGCCGCCGUCGUCAUCUGCCUCGUCGUCGCCGGCUCGCUGCUCGGCAACUCGUUUGUCGCGGGCCGCAUGGCCGUCGCCGCUGCAAACACCGGCUGGUUCCCCCGCGUCUUCUCCGUCGUCGGACAAGUCGGCGUCCCUCGCAAGGCUGCCGACGACGACUCUUCCUCCCCGUCCUCUGCGGGGACAAAGGACAAGGAGCCUUCGGACGCGCCCAUCAACGCCAUCAUCCUCUCCGCCCUGCUGUCCGCCCUGUACAUCGUCCUCGGCAGCUUCCGUGCGCUCGUCACCUUCAACGGCCUCGGCGAGUACACCUUCUUCUUCCUCGCCGUGCUGGGCGCGGUCGUGCUGCGGUGGCGGGAGCCGGCGCUCGAGAGACCGUACAAACCCCUCGUCGUGGUCCCGGGUGUGUUUGUCGUUGUCAGCGGGUUCGUCGUGGUCCGUGGUGCCAUCUUUGCACCUGCGCAGGCGGUCGUGCUGGUUGGGCUGUGGGUUGUCGGCUUGGUCUUCUACUGGGUGCGGAGGAGGUGGUUCUCCGCUGUCUGA